ACAGGUAUCAAUUCCUACACUCUGAUCAAGUGAACGAUUAAGGAAGCUAGAGAGACUUUAAUUCAUCUAAAUAUAUAUAGCAAUAAUGGCGCCGAGAGUUGGAGAUGACGUGAGCAACAAACAGGUGAUGUUCAGGGACUAUGUCACUGGCUAUCCCAAGGAAUCGGACAUGUUUCUGACCACUGGCAUCAUAAGGUUGAAGGUUCCUCAAGGUUCAGACGCAGUUUUGGUGAAGAACAUUUACAUAUCCUGCGAUCCUCGCAUGCAGUUCUUUAUGAGGAAAGCCGUAGGUCUAACCGGAUAUGAUAGAUUCACCCCUGGCUGUCCAAUGUUCGGGUAUGGUGUGGCUAAAGUUCUGGAUUCCGGGAAUCCAAAAUUCAAAGCAGGUGACCUGGUAUGGGGGAUUACCGGAUGGGAAGAGUACAGCCUAAUAACGAAAACUGAAAGCCUAAUUAAAAUCCAGCACACUGAUGUACCUCUUUCCUACUACACUGGAAUUCUUGGCAUGCCUGGGAUGACCGCGUACGCUGGGUUCUAUGAGGUUGGUGCCCCAAAGAAAGGAGAAUAUGUAUUUGUUUCAGCAGCAUCUGGCGCAGUUGGCCAGCUUAUUGGACAAUUCGCAAAACUGGAGGGUUGUUAUGUUGUUGGAAGUGCUGGAAGUAAAGAAAAGGUUGAUCUCUUGAAGAAUAAACUUGGGUUCGAUGACGCUUUCAAUUACAAGGAGGAGCAUGACUUGAACGCAGCUUUGAAAAGGUAUUUCCCUGAAGGCAUUGACGUAUACUUUGAGCAUGUUGGGGGCGAAAUGCUUGAUGCAGUGCUGCUAAACAUGAGGCACUUUGGUCGCAUUGCAGUGUGCGGAAUGAUCUCACAAUACAACCUUGAUGAGCAUCAAGGCAUUAAAAACUUAAUGCACAUUGGGUUCAAGUGGAUCCACAUGCAAGGGUACGCGCAUCGCAACUACUAUCACCUAUAUCCCAAGUUCUUAGAUACUGUGCUGCCUUUCAUCAGAGAAAAGAAGAUCGUGUAUGUGGAAGACGCAGUAGAAGGCCUUGAGAAUGCUCCAGCUGCUCUUGUUGGCCUCUUCAGUGGCCGCAACUUUGGAAAACAAGUAGUUGCAGUCGCUCCAGAAUGAUAUCAUGCAGCGCAUUAUUAUUCAUUGUCUAUGCAUGAUUAUGUGGGUCACGGCGGUUGGGCAAAAUAAGGAUAAAAUUUAGUUUGAUUACUAUCCUUAUAAUUAUAUUCUAGAGAUUUGGCUUUGUUUUUAUCAUAAGAUCAUUAUCUUAAUAAUGAGUACUUAAUUAUUAUAUGUUCAGCUUUGUAUUUGAUUUAUUUAUGAGGAAAAGUAUGUGCUUUAGUUUGAUGCACACGUAUGACCUCCAAUUAUUACCUGCAAACCGUAUUCCAGCUCUCGAAAUUCAACUUCCAGUUUCUGGGUGUCCAGAAUAGGCUGGGGGUGGGUCAGACCAUCUGCAUUUUUAACAAUUUUACAAGGCAAGGCCUAAGGUAUUGGUUUUAACACAUUUGAAAGAGAGCUUUUGAUCCCUUUGCUGGGGACACAGUUCUUACAAAGAUUCUAAUAGAACAUGUUUGAAUACCUUUUAGCCAAAAACUUUUUAAUUGUGUGAAUUUGAAUUCUAAGUCGAAAGAAUCUUACGCUAUUAUUUGGAUAAUUAAUUAUUUAUAUUCAUACUCACAUUCGCACGUGUAUAUUUCAAUAUUUUUAUAUUUAUAUAUUUUAGUAUUCAUAUUUAUAUGUGUAUAUUUUUAUAUUUCAAAUUAUUUCCAAUGGGGCCUACCACUUAAUUCCUCGAGACGACCUUAAAGUCUUGUUAUUAGGAUUAUUUAUCAAAAUUGAAGGGAAAAAUGAACCCUUAUUUGUCAAAUUCAAUUCCUAUAGUUUCUUUUCAUCCAAGAAAAAAAAAACUUGAAUCUUGUACAUCAUUGAUGGGCCUAACCAAAUUAGCCCGGCCCAAGUUAAAGCUUGAACUUGUUCUCUUUGAAUUUUUGUCGGUGGAAUAGUUUGUGGGUCCCCGGAGCUAUUAGUAAUCCAGCCUGUGUAGUUCUCUUACUUAAACUCCGAACACCUUCUUCCCAGAUCUACCGUCCAACCAUCGGACUUGCUCGCUCUUUAAUUACUACGCGGGUCCACUCUUCUUCUCAUUAAAGAAUCUGUUCUGCGGGCAAAGGAGAAAAAGACUGCCGAUCUGACACUGCAAGACCUUCCCUUUUUCUUCACCUUCAUUCCUUCCUUCGGUCUCUCCAUUGCUUUGCAACCCGAGAAUACAACCCGACCCAAUACAGCAAGACGCGGAGUCACGCAGUGAAGAUGAAGGGAAGGGACAUUGUGGCAG